CGGAUGCAGAACAGCCGGCACUAGUCUUGCGGUCCGCGCCUGACGCGAGGGGACCGCCGCCACCGCAGCCGCCACUGUGCGCAGUGCUACCACCAUAACGGACGCCCCUGUCGCUGUGCUCCCGUGACAGCCCCGCGCAGGUGCAAACGCGGACGUAGAGCAAGUCACUCAGUGGAAACGGGCAGUCGAGUUCCCCGUCCCCUACUACAGUGAACGGCGACAGGACAAGAGGUAGAGGUUCAGACUCGCCGCGAACCUUCCGUCGCGUUUCCCGCAAUUUCUUCUAUAUUUCGGCAACACUUGUUGCUUUGUAUACGGAACUGCCACUCCAGCGACGUCCGAUUUUGGCAGAGUGUCUGAAGUUUGACGUGUGUUCUGUAUUUUCUUAUUUUGCUCGGUAGCGAACUCGCUUUUCAUGCUAAACUACUGAGCGACUCCGACCCAAUACCGGCAUAGUGAUUCUUUUUUUCCGGUUCUGCAAUUCCUCCGUGGCUUCAGAAACACUUGUUGCUUAGAAUACAGGAGUGCUGUCUCAGCAACAAUACCCAAAUACCGGCAAAGUGUCUCCAUCUUCGCACAAUCCUUCUGCGAUAGUUAUCGAAUGUUUCUCAGUCAUUCACUCAUUCUUGCCGUUAUAUACGAGGAUACCUCGAGAAAAAAAUGAAAAAUGGCUUGAAAAUUGGGAUACAGACUACCCUAAAAGGACCUUGCAGUAGUUUGAUAGUUUAAUGUAUGUUCGCGAAAUAGCUUACAGAGUAUGUGUCUCAAGUUUCCAGCAAAGCUGCUGACACACCUUUACGAGACUAAAUUAGUCGCUUAUAAGUAACUUACACAGCACCUCAGAAAUUGGUGAACUGUCCGUUGAUGGGAAAGUAGUGCUAACGCUUGGUUACCUCGAAGGCCUGCCCGAGUGUCUUCGCUUGAUGUUCAUCACCAGUGCAGUGGAGCAACACCAGUGACUUUCUUAAAGCGGCAGUGGAAAUGAAGGGGAGACGAGCCUGGAGUUUCCUGCUGUGGGCCACGGUCAUCGGGGUCGCCACAGACGGCGGGCAGUGCCUGAGCGACAUCAGCGUGCUGGUGGAGCCGGCGGUGGCGGCGAGCGGCGGCAGCGCGCUCGUGCUCUGCCUCUACCAGCUGGAGGGCGACGCGCUCUACCAGGCGCAGUUCUACCGCGGCAACCGCGAGAUCUUCCGCUGCCUCGCCAACGGCGUCUGCAAGAUACUCCCGCUCUCCGGCAUCGUCAUCGACAUGACGCACUCAAACGCUACCCAGUUGCGGCUUCUGGAUGUUCAGCGAGAGGUUUCCGGAAAGUUCACUUGCGAGGUCACCGUCGAGAGUUCACGGAAGCCCUUCUCUACGAAAAGGGGCCACGCAACUUUGCAGGUCGUCGUGCCGCCGCAGGGCCCGCUCAGCCUUGAGGUGGAGAGCGUGUCGCGGUACAGACCCGGAGACCUGCUGAGGGCCGAGUGCGAGGCGCCGCCCUCCGACCCUCCCGUCGAGAUGCUCUACCUGCUCAACGACUUCCCAGUGAACUCGUCGCUGACGCAGCGCCACAACGACAGCAACCGGCUGAGUCUGCGCGUCCGCCUGCAGCGGAGCAGCUUCACGGCGCGCGGCGAGCUCUCCCUGAAGUGCGUGGCCUUCCUGUCCUCCGUGUACCGCCGCGUCGCCGAGAGGGACAUCGGCGCCACGCCGCAGCCCUACCCGCAGAAAGUAACAUCUGGAUGCGCCGGAAGAUACCCGGCUCAAGGCUUUUGUUUCCUGCGCGAUCGAGCGUCGACGUCCUGGUUUCUGGCGCUGGCGACGCUGCCGCUGCUGCUCGCCCCGACGAGGUAGCCUCGGCCUGCAGUGUGUGUGUGGACCGCACGGCGCAACGUCUCGAAACUUCGCAACCUGGGGAUGUGCAGAGACAGAGGGGGUCUAGAAAACCGCCACCCUGCGUGAUAUCCCGAUGAAAGACUCUACGCAUCUGCUCAUACACAAUGAAUACUUUUUGUACAAAAAUAAGUGUGUUCUCCACCACAAAUAAUUAGAGCAAACAUGAAUGUCACAACUAUGAUAUUCCGGUAGAAUACCCAGUUUAUAUAUGAGACGCGUCGCUAAUUCCUGUAUAACUGACAUCUAUGUGAAAUGAAGGUAUUCAGUUGUAGUCAUGUUUUAUCUGUGAGGCUAUCCAUGAACAAAUCCAACGAGAAAUCGAGUCCACAUGGAUAAAAUUUUGUUAAUUGACUCAUAUCCUACAAUUUUUGUUUGAAUAUUAGAAAUUAAGUUAAUUUGCAUUUGGUCAAUCACUAGACACGUCAGCCACAAUUCAGUGUUUUUUGUACAGAAAGAAAAUUUAACUCUGAAUAAAGGAACGUGAGAUUCUUUUUCCCAUCCAUCUCACGUGGCUACAGCUACGAGAGAAGCCUCUCAGCCUCAAACGCUACAGCAAGUAAAGCUUUCGGAAAUUUGGCUAUACCAUGAACGCUUUAUCACGAGUCUGUGUGAAUAUCGUGAAGAAGAUCAACUCACUGUCACCACUUCGCUGCCGGGAAAUAUUUAGAGCUGUAUUUACUGAUCAGAUCUGGUUUAGAUUGUUAAUGAUCGUACAUUUUUCAGAUACAAGACACUGCCUACUAAGAUUUCACUCCACGUUUACCUACAAGCGGAAAUUGUGAUUUAUGCAGUAACUUUUCGUUGGCCCCACCACAUCGCCACUCCUUGUAACGGUGUCAAUAGCUUUGUAUUAAUGUCAGACCUGAUAAAGUGGAUAAUAAUUAUGGACGUGACCGACUAUUUAUGACGGGAAUCUAGUGAAGUAGUAGCGAAAUCUAGCAAUGGAAAUAUCGCUUUGUUUUUACGAGAGACGCCAUGUUUCUUUGCAGAAUACCUUCUUGUUAAAGACUAUGCUGCACUUGCAUAAUUAUAACGACCUACCGGAGCAAUUUCCUUUAUUCCUUGCUAAUAAGAUUAGUACAGUUGUCCUUUUGCAGAAUUCUUUACACGAAAAUAUGAAACGGCAAGUUAUUUAAUUUCGUCUCACUUUGAAAAGAAACGGUAAUAGCUACAUACUCCGUUACAAUACCCAGUCUGUGAGAACCUGCAGCCGUAGAUGUCAUUCUCCUUUCUUGUGUUUUAAGACCUCUCAUCGGACCGCGUAUUUAUCUUUUCGUCUGAUACAGACUACUCCAUACGCCUACUUUCUUGACUACUGCUCAUGAUGUUGAAACAUAAAAGUCUGACGUAUGUUUCUUUACAACGAAAGACUUUGCAAUAUGCGUGCGAUGCUUUUGAUGGCCUUCACAAAUGGGUAUCUGUGAAGGUAAUAAUGAACGAAGUGUUCGGAGUAGGUUCCUCUACACUUCUUCGUGGCUUAGCUGGCGAUGAAAUGAGACGGACUAUUACAGAUUUGAGGUCGUGAAAUCGUAAUGAUAGGCCAACCAGGUGCUAUAGUAAGUGACAAGAGGUAUAUGAAGUUACUUCUGCUUCGUAGGUGAGAAACGUGGCUAAUGAAUCACUAUGUAUUGUCCUACAAGUUCUGUGGCUUAUAAAGAUCGCAUAUCAUGAAAGCCGCUAAAUCACCACUGUGACAGCCAAGAGCCAGAAGCAUGUGAUACAUGAUUGCUAAUACCUUCGCCGAAAGGCAGUACGUGCAACUGAUCGCAAACUCUCGUCCUUGCGAAAGAAUUUUCAGAAAGCCCAUUUGGUAGGGAAUAACAUCGCACUGAUAUUUAGAGCAGUAUUGCAUUCAAGAGAAUCUUCUUUAUAUCUCCCAUCCAAUUUGCAGAGAUAUGUUGAGCACAGCGAGACGAAUGGUGGAAUGCAGAUGUUUGGUAAACUCACAACAUGAAUCGUGUGCUUAGAUGAACUUGUAGGAAGCGUGACUUCUUUUCACUGAAUGUCUCAGGAAUUCAUUCCCGCGCACUGACUUCACGGGACGCUUAGUGUUUAGGAAGACUCUGAGAAACUCUGCACCUGUUUUAACCAUACAGGAAAGAGUUCACUGGUUGAGUUGGCAGGUGUCUUUCACCAGAAACGCUUUAUAUAGUUGCUAAUCAUUUAGCGUGGGCGAUUUCCUCCCGUUAAAGACCAUAACGCUACGUACCUUUUGUGGGAAGACGGCCCUUUUCAGGUGCACCCGCUGAAAACUGCAACUGACUUUGGUGUGAAGAAAGUUCAGAACUUAUUACGCAUUUGGAAUGAGACAGUAAUAUACCAGGGCUCGAUAUUCCAUUCGAUCGCAGAGGAAACCGCGACAAACAUAACGCGGACAUUCGCAGUAAUUUUGUCAAGAUAUUUAGAUAUAGUUGUAUCUCACCUAAACAAAGUUGUUUCCGUGUAGCCCCAAGGCUGCUACCAGUGUCCACAGGCCCCUUACAAUCGGAUCACUGCGCACUCUAUACCUCGUCGGGCUGCACGUGUGUUGUUAAGCGCUACGCUGCUAAUGUAACUCUGAUGACCUGCACGAUGAUCUUGCAUAUCUUGUAGGUAUAUUGUACCUGUCGAAAGAACCAUGAUAUUCCAUCGUUCUAGGCCCGCUUUCUAUUAAGUGACCAUCACGAGACAACCACUAACUUGUGCCUUAUCCACCAUGUCAGAACCAACUAGGAAUAGUCUAAUGAAGGGUGUGUGGAAAAGAGCAGCAGUGAACUUCUUAACUGGUACUUAAAUGUCGCUUCAGAGUACGAGUAUUUACGUAAUAGAGCGAUGGAGGCCAAAGAUUUUCUUUCACCCUUUCAGGACUAAAUUUUCAGGGAAAACGUGACAUUUCGAAAGAGAGGCAUAGAAUAUACAACAGCAACAGCCUACAAAAUAAUAAUUACUGAGAGCCACCUAUAUCGCAGUGUCAUGGAUUAUAAGAUAAAGUACAGGAAGAAAAUAAGAGUAAUGUAAACGAUAUUUUUUAAAGUUUUGAGAUAUUACACACACACAAAGAGAUAUAUGUACAUAUCUGCGUGUGUGUUUGUGUGUGUCUGUGUGUGUGUAGUCAUGUACAAAGUACAUUCGAUGCAGGAAAAAAUCUUUCAUCAAAUAUAUAUAGCUUCAUAUCAAAAGUAAAACCUAUGAAAACAGUUUUGUUGAACACAAUUACUAUACAUACCUGUGACCAGUUCGAGGCCGAAGCCUAUCUUCAAAUACUAGCAUAUAUUUUAUAUGCCAUUUUACUUUUUCUUUAUGUGGAGGAGAUUUUUAUACGUAUUUAUUUAUAUUUAAUUUAUGUUUUUCUUCUGUGUCACAUGGCGUCUGAGGAUAAUUUGGUGGAUAUAAGCACAAAAUUGAAGAUACAUCGUAUAUUCUUUUAGAAAUCACUUCAUUUGAUGAAACUGUAUAUGACUAAUUGCUCAGUUUGUCUUGUUUUACUUCUCUAUACAGUUGCGGAGUUCGCUCGCUCUCACAGGUAUAGCAGCGUAGAUAUUUUUGUCGCUUACACAGGCGAAAACAAAUUUUGCAGCUGGCCCUGGGGCAGCUUUCAAUCUGCUGAAUCCGCACAUCGCCCCAGGCAGCGCUAUCACUGGCUUCGUUUGCUCGGCUAAUGCGCUUAUAUCCAGGCGAGUAGCUCGCAGUUUUCACGCUAACGGAGUUUCUUUGCCGACGGGAAAAGCUCUGAAUCUGGUAACGCACUGUUUUCUGAGAUAACUGUCAAAACCCAGCGAUGUUGGUGCUGUAAACAGGCAAAGUGUUUUCAUAACGUGCUCCCUUGUCGUCUUUCUCCUUCUCUCCGUAUUACCGCUCGCAGACAGUUGCCUCAGUGCUCGGACCAGCUAAGUUCCGCUCCUUUUGGAAUUAGUCUGCUACCGAAUGUAAGAUUUAUUUUAAUAAGCAUCUGUCUUUGUUCGUUGACAGAGGUGAAACAACGUAAGUGGAUCUCAAUUUAUAUAAUUUAAUCUCUUUGUGCGUUUCAUUAGUAAAAGUAUUUUUGAAAAGCUCUGUUAAAGUGUGGUCCUAAUUAAAAUUUUUCCGGAGGCUGUGAGAAAAGCCCUUUGAUAUAUUCGUCAUUAAAUAACAUGUCCAUAAUUAAUUAAUAACUGUCAUUUUUUAAUCUGUGUAGAUCUGUGAAGGGCGUGAGGAUUUUCACUGGUAACUAUUUUUCCGGUUCACUAAACUAGUGAGUUGUCAUAUAUCACCAUAUUAAUAUACGUUUUACAUACCUUUCCAUUCCAUUUCGUACCAAUGGCAGUCUUUUGUGCAAUAGCUUGCUGACUGAAAUUUCUCAGCAGUUCAGAAAGAGUCUGGGCUGUAACUACCAGCAGUAUCUCUCUUUAGUCCAAAGAGAGACAGACUACUAUCCCCCAGAGAGCUGGAUUCUUCUGCUGUCACGGAUGACCCGCCAGUAUAAUAGAGAUGUAGUUUCUACACCUGCAUCCCCCUUUCAGUUACUGGAUUUGUUCGAUUUAGGAAGCAUUCACCUAUCAUCAUGUGCUAUAACGCAAGAUCAAAAUGAAAGCCAUAGUUUUCCCUCUCUAUACCAAAUACUACGUAUUGUUCGAGGAUGAAACACUCUCAAAAUGAGGUGGUUGGUUCGUAAAAUAUUCCUCAGAUAACGCAAGUAAUGACAAUACUCAACAAGGUUUUCGAUUUACUGUUCGGUGGCUGAAGUUCCAGUUAUUCAGGAGAUAUCUAUUUUUAAAUUUUAGUCUCUCGGACCGCUUGACCCACUGGGUCUCAUAGCCAAUCUGGCUAUGAGAAUUAUGUUCUCCGUUUUACGUACGACGGUAAUAAUGAAAAACUGAUUUCCUGGGAGAAAGGCUUAAUAAAUUGUAUAAAUCAGUUCAAGAAAUGUUUAGUGCUUACUGGAAAUGAAAUCAUCCUAACGUUGUAAAAAUUUUAUACAAAAGUACAUGAACAGACUGUCAUGGCUUGAAAUAAUCGUUUGUAUUCCACUGGGAAGAAUCUACGAAGUGCAUUUGUUCUUAAAAUGGUAAUUUUAUACGGAAUGCGAUUAUUUUUUACCUGAGAAAUGGAAUUGUCAUACAUUAUAAUUAAUCAUAAUAAAAUACCGUUUAUACGGUUUUUUGGAAAGUGCUAAUGAAUUUGUAUCAAUGAACUUUACACCAAUGUAAGUGGUGACGGCGUCCUCCGUGGUGUGUAGUUUAUAACUUAAAUAGAAGGCGCUAAAUACAACCACCUACGUCGCAAAACUUUAUUACGUUAGCAUGACAGCGUGUUCUUGCAGCCUUCUCCUAAAUUUUCCCUAAUUUCUUACGCACUCCUACACACAAAAGAAAGCGAAUGUCAUAUAAAUAUAUUUUACAGUGUAUCUUGCUUAACCCUCUGCCUGACAAAAGUUGAUUGACAAGAUGUAUUCUGUGGAAGGUAAUCCAUUUUACAUUACUGUGUACAUCAAAUGUGCACAAAUUUAUCAGACGAGUUUGUAUUACACCCACGCUCACGUAGCUCCCCGCCCAAAUGUUUCAUUAAGCAAAGAUAAAAGAAUUGUAAUUGGGAAUACUAUGCACUACCUGGCAGAAAAAGAUCGUCUGUAAUUACAAAAGUUGUAUAUUAUAACGACGUUUUACAUGUCAGUACGUCAAUUGUAACAGCUUUGUGCCACGUUACUAUGUUUUGUAUUGUUCUCUACAUGUUUUAACAAUUCAACAAGUGUUAAAAGAUGCAUAUAAUGAUUGUAUAACGAAAUUGUAUAGUAUUAAAAAUUUCAAUUAUGUCGA